CCUUUUGUUGUAUAUAAGAGCCGCCAGAUCCGUUUCACUCACAGUUAGCCUACAGUCUUCAAACAUGAACUCCCUGGUUCUCGUCGCCCUCGUUGCCGUGGCAGCCGCUGCCCCCCAGCAGCAGCCGCCCGUCGCCAUCCUCCUGGACGAGCGCGUUUCUCCCGAGAACGGCGCUUACUCCUUCCAGUUCCAAGCAGAGAACGGCAUUGUGCAAAGCGAGACUGGAACACCAGGUUCUCAAGGCCAGACGAAUGUGCAAGGAGUUUUCAGUUUCCCCCUGGAAGACGGCAGCAUCGCCGAAGUCCGGUACCAAGCUGACGAGAACGGCUUCCAGGCCCAGUCCCCUCUGCUGCCCGUCGCCCCCGAGUUCCCUCACCCCAUCCCGCAGUUCGUCCUCGACCAGAUCGCCUUCGCCGAGGAGCAGGAUCGCCUCGAAGCUCAGCUUCAGUUCCAGUGAGCACUAAAUGCCUCCUGGUCACAGCUGGUCAGAAUUCUGGAGAUGAUACGUUAAUCUGUAUCGUAUUUAAUAAAAACGUGUAAAUGGGAUUUACA